AAUGAAGCUCAGGAAAAGCAGACCAUUGGAGGGCUUCUGAGAGCAGGAGUAGCUGGCGUAGUACUAGUGGCUGGGAUAGUCUUUGCCACUCUAUCAAUAAGCAAACAGUGCAAGCCAAGAUUGAAGCAAUGCAUUGACCCUUUAACUACACAACAAGCAACGUCAGUCAUCAGUGAUAAUCACAAUGAUAGAGUUGAAUCAAAGAAUGAUAUACUCAAGAAUAACAUGCAAGGAAGUGACAAUCAAGAAACCAAUGCAGUUAUAUACAAUGAUCCCCUUUUACAUCCUGAAAACCAUGAUGAUAGCAACACAGGGCACUCUUUUAAUCACAAUUUAUCUGCAUCAUCUGAUGUUGGAGUUUCUGACUCUUUUAGUCACUCAAGCUUUGGAAGUAAAGAUACUAGUUUUGCUGCUAGAGAUCCAGGAUCAGUAAAUGAACAAUAUGGGCCUUUUGGCGCAAACUUCGAUGACACACAUGCAAUUCAUGUACUACAUAGGUCCAGUUUAACAAAUCCAAGUAUGGAUCAGCAGGAAGGAGUUUCUGAUUUAGAUGAACCUGUAAACUCACAGUCUGCAUCUACGGUAGAAUCUAUGGUUGAGAAUGUUAACAUACAGAAUAUGGUUGAGGUUCCAGAUGAAGGAGACAAUUUAAUUUCAGAAGCACGUGGAUCAUCAGGAACAGUAUUGGAGGUCACUGUCAUGAAUCAGUAUUCUAAAGAACUAAAAGAAAACAUUUAUAAUGAUAACAAAGCAAGCGAAUUAAGCUACAACUCUUCCAUUUCUGAAGAAACAUUUCCUUCUGCUGGCAUACCUGCUCCUUCUUCUGUGUCUGCAGCUUUGCAUACACUUCCAGGAAAGGUGCUGGUUCCUGCUGUCAUUGAUCAAAUCCAUGGUCAGGCACUAGCAGCCUUACAAGAUUUGAAGGUUAUUGAGGAUGAUGUUCGGCCCGGUGACCUUUGUACUCGCCGUGAAUAUGCUCGCUGGUUAGUUGCAUCUAGCUGUGCUCUAUCAAGGUCUACUGUCUCCAAAAUCUAUCCUGCAAUGUAUAUCGAGAAUGUCACUGAGCUUGCCUUUGAUGAUGUUACAAUUGAAGAUCCUGACUUUCCCUGCAUACAAGGCUUGGCAGAAGCUGGUCUCAUCUCCAGCAAGCUAUCAAGACGUGAUACACAGUCAUCUGCAGACGGAGACCAAAGUCCCCUCUUCUUUUCUCCUGACAGUCCCUUGUCACGUCAGGAUCUUCUAAGCUGGAAGAUGGCCCUAGAGAAAAGACUACUUCCUCUGGUUGACCAAAAGACUUUGAAGCAACUCUCUGGAUUCAUAGAUAUUGAGAAGAUCCAUCCAGAUGCAUGGCCUGCUGUGGCAGCAGACUUAGCAUCAGGGGAACAAGGAAUAAUAGCUCUUGCAUUUGGAUAUACAAGACUGUUCCAGCCAGAUAAACCCGUGACUAAAGCUCAAGCUGCUAUUGCGCUUGCAACUGGUGAGGCUCAUGACAUUGUUGCCGAGGAGCUAGCACGCAUUGAUGCUGAUUAUAUGGCUGAAGAAGCUGUCACUGCACAGAAAGCUUUAAUAGCUGAAGUGGAGAAAGAGGUCAAUGCAAUUUACGAGAAGGAACUCUUGUUGGAAAGAGAGAAGAAUGAUGCGGUUCAAAAAAUGGCCGAGGAUGUAAGACAAGAAUUAGAAAGGAUACAAGCUGAAUGGGAGGAAGAAAAUCUUUCCUUACUGAAGGAGCGUGCUGCCAUUGAUUCAGAAAUGGAAGUCUUUUCUCGGUUAAGAAGUGAAGUACAGGAACAGCUUCAUACUCUUAUGACUAACAACUUGGAGAUCUCCUAUGACAAAGAAAGGCUCAAAAAGCUCCGGGAAGAUGCUGACCUUGAAAGUCAAGCAAUAUCAAGGUUGCAAUACGAGCUAGAGGUCGAGAGAAAAGCACUGUCCAUGGCUAGAGCUUGGGCUGAAGAUGAGGCUAAAAGAGCUAGAGACCAAGCUAAUGCCCUGAAAGUGGCAAGAGAUCGUUGGGAGAAACAUGGCAUCAAGGUGGUUGUUGAUGAUGACCUACAGGAAGAAGCAAAUACUACACCUGCCAUGUGGCCAGGUGCUGGAGAGCAGUUGUCAAUAGAAGGAACCGUAUCUAGGGCCGAGAAUUUGGAGGACAGUCUUAGAGGAAUGGCUGAUUCAGCUAUGGGAAAAUCAAGAGAUACAAUUCACAAGAUAAUGGAGAAGAUACUUUUAUAUAUUUCCAUUGCAAGGGAGCUGGCACAGAGAGGAUUAAGGGAGGCUGUAAUGGUAAAAGACAGUGCCACAAAGAAGAUCUGCAACUCUUUACACUCUGUGGAGCAUAGAGCUGCUGGAUUUGGGGAGGGAGUUAAGCGAUUCGCUGGAGAUUGCAAAGAAGGGGUUGAGAAAAUCUCUCACAGAUUUAAAACUUAAAAUCCAUCAAAUAGCUUACACUCGGGCACCUAAAAUGACAGUAAUAUUUCUUAAAGCCAAAUAAACUCGGACUAGAAUCUAGCAGCUCUACUUUUUUGUAGGAUUUGUACCUCUUUGAUCAUAUAAUGUGGGAACAGAUAGAGCAAGUAGGACGGAAAACAGUGAAACUGCUCUAAAAAGACAAACCUCCAGGAAAACUAACACAUUUCGACCUGUCCUCAUUUAUCACUAGCCCCAGCUCCUAUGGGCAGCAUUUCUCAUAAUAAUCAUUUUAUUUAUUCAAAUGAAAAUGGUAUGUAUAAGUAUACUGGUGAGUGGUGACGCCUUCAUGUGUAUGAUAUUAUGGACAAGUGUUACCACACAGCGGCAGCAUAUUAGCUACAGAAGGACAAACAGUUCGAAUUCUAAAUAAGAGUAUCUUUUAUCUUUAUCUUCCAAUUUUGGUCCGUCUUGAAAUAUUUUGUCCCA